GCUACGCUCCACUGAUGCUGGCAGCUGCUUGUUGUGUGGAGGUGGGUGAACACAGAGAUAUCAUGGGACAUCUGGUGGACAGGGGGGACAUCAACAAGGCAGCUGACAAGGAUCAACGGACUGCUCUGAUGUUGGCUGCCUGCAGUGGUUCUCUGGAGAUGGUCUCUCUGUUCCUGGAGAAAGGUGCCGACGUUAACCUCCGGGACAAGGACGGCUCCUCAGCACUCAUGUUUGCUAGUCAGAGUGGUCAUACGGAGAUAGUAGGGUCACUUCUCACACACCCUCACACAGAUACCAGCCUCAGGGACAAUGACGGCCUAACAGCUUUGGACAUUGCUAAAGAGGCGGGGUUCACUGAACUAAUGGCGUUGCUGGGGAAACACUCCAAAUCAAAAUAUAAACGAUGACAACAGUCUCUAGGAUUGUAGAUUUUAUCAAUGAUCAUGUGCCCAUUUUUUGUAUCUCUAUAUCUGUGUUGAGUCUUGUCCAGAAGAGGAAC